UCUAAACUUUACUGGUCCUUCUCGGCCGUCAAUCGUAAUUGGCUCAAUCAAUCCUCUGUGAAUUUACCCUAAUAUUGGUAUUAGUUUCCUCAUUGAAUUUCGGCAAUGAGUUGUAUGAGAGCUCCUGGUGUUUAAUUUAGCAAAGAAGGGAAGAUUUUGCAUCCAUAGUACUACAUCUUUACAUGCGCAUUUGAUGGGAUCUAUUUACUGAUUUCAUUCUUCUGGGCGGGACGUAGUGAUUGAAUUAUACCGGAAGCUGGUGGUUCAAGGGCUGACUGCUGAGGCCAUGUCGUUCAUGAAAGGAGAUUUGCUGACGAAAACAAGAAAGCUAGUCAAAGGCUUAGCCAAAGUUGAACCCCUCUGGCUUAAAGCUAUGGAGCAGGCACCUCCGGUGACGUUUCCUCGCGCUGAGGGCACGAUUAAGCCCAUGAGUCUGCCUGAGGAUGUUUACAUCAAGAAGUUUUAUAAGAAGUAUCCUGAUUCCAAAUAUCAGGAUCCCAUCAAAAUUUCUGGUUUCAAUCCACCUCCAGCCCGACUAUUUGGCUGGCGAGUACUAGAGUUGACGGAACAGGGAGUUAGUGAAGAAGAAGCAAUGGCUCUGGCUGAUAUGGAAUAUCGGUCCGAGAAAAAGGCCAGAAAGGAGGCUUACUCUCGGUUGAAGCAAAUUGCAAAGCUUCAAGGAAAGAAGCCACCGCCUAAUCCAUAUCCAAGUGCUAUCAAGGAAAUACAGGCUAAAGAAAAGAAGUUUGUAGAUGACCGUUUCAAUAAUCCUGAGACAGUUAAACUUGCGGAGAAAAUGAGGGAGGAGAGGGCUGCAGAUUGGCAGAACAGAAGAGGUGCCGGUGACUGGUGA